AUGGAAGACGCUGCCACCCAGAUCACAGAAGACGAGAUGGCUGUUGCGAGGAUGUUAGAUGGGUCUGUUGGGAUUAUGACCCUCGCUGCCAUGACUGGGAUUGGAACCGGUGCGAGUGCCCUUCGAAAGACCAUCGCUGUCACCCAGACCAUUGGCACGACCACGGGCGUUGCCGAUGUGAUCGGGACUGGUGGUGCGAUAAUCAUAAUCCUCACUGUGACUGGGAUUGGAGAAGUUGUACAUGCAAAAGACAUUAGGUUUUGA